AUGGGGCUCAUCCCCAAGGCCGACCGCAAGAAGAUCCACGAGUAUCUCUUCCGUGAAGGUGUGCUCGUGGCCAAGAAGGACUACAACCUCCCUAAGCACGGCGACAUCGACACCAAGAACCUCUUCGUCAUCAAGGCUUGCCAAUCCCUCACCUCGCGCGGCUAUCUCAAGACGCAGUUCUCCUGGCAAUACUAUUACUACACCCUGACUCCCGAGGGUCUAGACUACCUGCGCGAAUGGCUUCACUUGCCCGCUGAGAUUGUCCCUGCCACGCACAUCAAGCAGCAGCGCAGCCACGCUCCUCCACGUGGCAUGAUGGGUGGUGAGGACCGUGAGCGCCGUGGCGGCGGCCGUGGUGGUCCACGCGGUGAUCGUGAGGGUGGAUAUCGUCGUCGCGAGGACCGCGGUGAGGGCAAAGAGGGCGGUGCGCCGGGCGAGUUUGCGCCUACUUUCCGUGGUGGCUUCGGUCGCGGUCGCGGUGCUCCUCCGGCCUCCUAG